AAAUGCGACAUGCAUAAUACGAUGUAAUGCAUCCAAAUACCUGCUUAUCGGGGAGAGGGUUGUUGAAGUCUGCGUCCUGGAGACGCCAGUGCACAUUUUACGCACGGUGCCAGACAAUCUGUUACACUUACAUACCAGCGGCCAGAUGAGGGAGACAUACGGCUUCGGGACAUGUCGAAGUAUCCCGAGUCAUUUUACAAAAAAAAAAAAAAAAAAAAAAAGAUUUCAUUUUCUCUUUUCUUCACUUGAAAAUAGUGCACAGCAAAGCGCACAGUUGGCUUCGCCCGGUGUUUAGCGGUUUUUUAAAAACCUGCCUCGUUGUAGAAGAAUCCACACUUCGAAAGGGGGGAAAUCAGCGUCCUACCGUUCGCUGGGCGUUUAUGAUAAAGCGAGCGAAAGCGUUCAGUCCGUCAGUCAGCAGUCAGUGAUCCUGUUCCACAUCACUCUCCACUGAACUCCAUCCGUCACAUCGCGUCCUCCGCUGCGCCUCGCCGAACCGGCCAGGUCUGAGCAACAACAAACCGAUGCUUCAUCUGGACAACGUGAACUCUGAGCCUGUUUCUGCUGAUUAAUUGCAAACUGACAUCAUUUCACUGCCGACAUUCGAACUGUACCAGACCAGCACCGCUGACCGACACCACAGGAACACCACCCAAUUCCUGAGUGAACAUUCAGUCAUUACCCCAUCCACCCACCCAGUUAGGAACCAGAUGGCGCUUCUGGCCAAUCAAAUUGUGGAUGCAAGAAUACUCAGCAGCAUGAACGGGAGAGUGGAGCUGUCUCAGUUCCUGAGAAUCACCAAUCAAAGCAUUGUCACACAGGUAAAUUCUGCUCAGGAUGACAACCGCAAGAACAGGAAGUAUCCCUGCCCGUUGUGUGGGAAGCGCUUCCGCUUCAACAGCAUCCUCUCUCUCCACAUGCGCACUCACACCGGGGAGAAGCCCUUCAAGUGCCCAUACUGCGACCACAGGGCCGCACAGAAGGGCAACCUCAAGAUACACCUUCGUACACACAAGCAAGGCAUUCUGGGCAAAGGCCGUGGGAGGAUCAGGGAGGAAAACAGGCUGCUUCAUGAGCUGGAGGAGAGGGCCAUACUCAGAGACAAGCAGAUGAGAGCUGGUAACAUCAGCCAACAGCAAACACCAGUUUUUCUGCAGACCGUUCCAACGGAGUCACAGUUCUCAGACAUCUCUGGGGCAGCAGAUCUUCCACCACACCGAGCCACAUCCCCUAAGGUGACCCCAGAUGAAUCCAUCCAGCCCCAAAGCGCUGGCUUCCGCUGCUCCUUCUGCAAGGGAAAGUUCAGGAAGCAGCAGGAGCUCGAGCGUCACAUCAGGAUCCUGCACAAACCCUACAAAUGCACUCUGUGUGAGUUUGCUGCUGCACAAGAGGAGGAUCUCAUUGGCCACGUUGAAAUGACACACAUCACGGCUGAUUCGGGCCCAGGACAGAAGCUAUCAAUGGGAGCCAGUGAUAAGGGGAAGCCCGCCGGUGAAUUUCCUUGUGAGGUGUGUGGCCAGACCUUCAGCCAGGCCUGGUUCCUGAAGGGUCACAUGAGAAAACACAAAGACUCUUUUGAGCAUUGCUGUCAAAUUUGUGGUCGUCGCUUCAAAGAGCCCUGGUUUCUCAAGAACCAUAUGAAAGUCCACCUCAACAAGCUUGCUGCUAAGAGUAACAUCCUCUCUGAUCACGACUCCUCUGUUACCAUGAACAAUCUGACUCAGGACCAUACGAGCAACAUCUACUCCCAAUACAUCUCCAGAAUGAACAACAGGUUCCAGGCACCUGAGCGAGCAGAUUUACCCGAUUACAACCAUAUGAUGGCCACAGCAGGCACUGACAUGAAGGUCAGAGAGGUGUUGGGGAGGAUGAUUUCUUCCGGCCAAAGUCCGCUGACAGAUGCAGAGAGUUCCUUGUUGACCUUAAAUCAUCUCCACCCUCAACUUAGCUCCACUAGCAUGGAGUAUUUGCAGAAAGUCAUCUCAAACCGAGAUGCUCUCAACAGCAGGGGUAGCUAUGCAGGCUGGCAGAUCAUGCCACCUGAACUCCCUAUUGAUCAGCAAAUGUACAGGCCAAAAGAUCAUCAUCAUCAACAGCAGCAGCAGCAUCAGUGCUCCACCUAUUUGCCUGAGAGGGGUGUCUCUCUGGAUGAUGGGAAACUGUGUCUUAGUGAUGCAGACACUAAGGCUGCCAGCAGACCUGGGAGCCCAGGCAGCGUGAGUCACCGUGGGCCAGCGGAGAUGAUCACAGAGGCAGGGAAUCCCAUCAACAAUCAACCAGAAUCCUCCUCUACACCUACAGGUGAGAAUGUCUACAGGUGUCCAAUCUCCAGUGACUACACAAGUGCACAGACAGCCUCUCUCAGUUUCCAUCUGGACCGCUAUCACUUCCCCCACUGGCAGAACAGCAGAGAUCUUUCUUCUCCUUUGCAGCCCAGUAGCAGCAGCAGCAGCUCCAGUCCCAACACCAAGCACGGACCAAGAUCCAGAGAAGACUGGAGUCCAGCUGCAGGGCAGUACCUUGGUCUGGAGUGCCACACCGAGGAAGCCAUACUUGCUACAAAGCAGUCCAACCCCAAUGAUAAAGAUGUGGAAGCCUCUGUGUCAGGUAAAACCAGAAAGUCCCAGUACGAGCCAUUGGAUUUGUCCAUCAGGCCAGAGUCUGUCCCAUCUCAACCAGCCUUGUCUUCUGCUGCACUGGUGCAGCUCUCUGGCCUUUUUAGUAAUGGGCUCUCGUCCACAAUUAGCCGCCGGCUAAUAAGUUACCCAAAUGCAGCAGCUGAACUCAGUAUGAAACCAGCAUAUCAGUGUGACCUUUUGUUGCAGGGAGCAAAAGAAGACAUGAACUCACAAUCUGCAGGCUCCAUAGGUCAUGAUGUUGAGGUUGCAUUUGAGACAUUUGAGAGGGAAGAUAAAAAUGAAGAUUCUGCAAAGUGGAAGAUGCUGAAAAAUGAUGCCCCUGAGUCAAAGGAGCUGGGACAGGCCACUUCUGAUUUUGAGGGACAAGGCGGAAAGAAUCAAACCAAGCUUGGUCAGUGGGGAAGAGCUGUGGCUGAUACUCCCAUCUCCUCUUUUGAGAGCUUGACUCCAGGACGGGCAGACUCACUCCUGCACCAGGGUGCACUGCUCUCCUUCCUCAGGUCCCAGGGGAACCUGAGCAGCCCACCUGUGAGUGCACACAAAGCCAGUGUAAACGGCGGAGAGAAUAUGGAGAAAGAAGCUGGAGUUCGGAAGCCAUUCCAGUGCAGGUACUGUCCAUACAGUGCCUCCCAGAAAGGAAACCUGAAGACCCACGUCCUCUGUGUUCACCGCAAACCCUUUGACAACAGCCUGUAUCCCGACCGCCGCCUACGACGCUCGCACACACCCCAGACCCCCUCCAGAUCGUCUCUGGGGGUCACAGGAGAUGGUCGUGGGUCAAGGAGGGACCAGAUCAGUGUGCCAUCGCUGUGUGAGACUUGAUGCUGCCGUAGCAACCGAAGACACAGACAGACAUGAUAACUGUUUUAGCCUCACCUUGAAAGGGUUAAGAUGAUUGAGAUUGUUAUAAAAAAUGUUAACGACCAACCUUGAUGUACAUUCCAGUGUUUACUUGAAGAGCCACAGUACGUAUUUAUCUGUAGCAAAAGAAGCUGCCUAUAAUAAUAAAGUCCAUUGUGAUGUGAAAGUGUAGCAAAUGUACAUGGUUCUGUUUAUUUUUUCAAAAGUGUCCACAUGAUUUGCUCGUGUUUUAUUUGCAUCUAUCAGACCAACACUUGCCUGACACUAAGGGUGUAUCGCUCCAGCUCUUGUUCUUUCAUCCAGUAAAUACCCCGUGUUUCAUUUUUUUUGUAAAUAUCAUUCGAUUUCCCUUCCAGUCCACAAGUCUUGUCUAUCUGUCAGGAUGUGGUGCCAGAUGUUCGGCCUUUAAUCGCAGCAGAUGUAAUGAAGUAGAAUGUUGCACAUCGGAGCUUCCAUUUGUUCUGGAUUCCACUCCAGGGAGAAAGCCUCUCUCACAUAUAAUUAUUACCCAUUAACUCCUAUGCUUCAUGCCCUCGUGCUGGAACAAUGCUCAAUUAAGGGGAACCACGGAAACUGGAAAAAAAAAAAACAACAAAAAAAAAAAAA